CUGGUUGCCAAGGCAAAGGGCCACACCCUCACCUCAGCAUCUCUCUGCUCCACUUCUCCUCGUCCCCGUCCGACAUCGCAUCGCAUCGCAUCACCGCCUCUCGCUUUCUGCCCAUCAGCCCUCCCUCUCUCUCCUGCGUCUCCGAGGCGCGGACGACGGCGACGACGCGAACGCCCCCGCCGCCUAGGCACAUUUGCUGGGAAUUAGGGCAAUCAACGUUUAAGUACAUGUGGUCUACUGCUGUUUGAUUAUUACUGAGAUUCAAUCAUUUGGUCAGAUGAGAGUUCUGGCUGGGGACUUACAAGUGUAGCACUGUUGUCGGCUUGUGACUAAAUAGCAUCACUUCACAUACAACACUGGAUAAUGGAUCGUAGGGAUACUUCAGGGUUUGUUAGUGGAGGAUGCAAAAAUAAUGAAGCCUACUAGUUUCUCUAUAUCUUCUAACUUGGUAGCUUUAUUGACAAUUAUUUAACCCAGAAGUGAGGCCAGCUGGUACUUCCCAUAAAGUUUGGUUACUCUAAUAGCAAUGGAACCCAGGCAUGGGCGUUCAGCAUUCACUAUAAGUUUCUCAAAUCCAAAUGGCUUUGCUAAUCAGUGCACCGCCAUUCCAGCCGUCAGUUAUUCAGCGGCUGGUUCUAGCCAACUUGAUGUGCUGGCUCCUACUAGAGGUUGCAAGAGAAAGUGGACUGAGUUGGCUCUAGGUCUGGGUGACACAUCAAGCUCAGACAGCAGCAAGCAGAGCAUGGGUACUGGCUGCACUGUUUCUUCUCUCAAGGGAAGCGAUGAUGUCUCAUGUAUGGAUUACGACAUAAGUUUCAAGUUAUCUCUUGGCAAUGAAGAUACUUCCAAGCUGCAUAAACAGGCUUGUGGUUCUAAAAGGACUAUGGAGAAGCCUCGGUUGGAUCUUAAGUUAUCUUUGGCUCCAUCUCAAUCCGAUGUAACUGACGCGGAUCUAAUCAGAAGCAGUGCACCUCAGGACAUGUUUGUGCAGCCGUACUUGAUGUCCUCAGUGCCAACAGUCGAUGAAGGAUCUACAUCUGCUCGACAUCCAUCUGGAGGCAUGGUGGUUUCCUUCCUUAACCAGGCUGGGAUUUCUCCGAACCAGUUGCCCCCACUUAACUCUCAUCUGGUCCAGGGUCCAGCUUGUUCAGCACCAACAGUGCUCCAACUGCCAAAAAGUUCAGCUGCCACUUCUUCUGGGUUUGUCCGCCCACAGCAACGCAACGGUAGCACAAAGAUCUGUUCAGAGCCAGGUUGUGCAAAAGGAGCCAGGGGUUCAUCUGGGCGGUGCAUUGCCCACGGUGGGGGCAGAAGGUGCCAGAAAGAAGGCUGCAACAAAGGAGCCGAGGGGAGGACCAUCUUCUGUAAAGCCCAUGGAGGGGGCAAGCGCUGUGAGCGCCUUGGAUGCACCAAAAGUGCCGAAGGCCGGACAGAUUUCUGCAUAGCUCACGGCGGCGGGCGGCGUUGCAGUCAUGACGGGUGCAAGAGGGCGGCGCGAGGCAGAUCGGGCCUGUGUAUCAAGCAUGGUGGCGGGAAGAGGUGCCAAACGCUGAACUGCACAAAGAGCGCGGAAGGGCGGUCAGGCAUGUGCAUCGCUCAUGGUGGCGGGCGGCGCUGCCAGUACGCUGGCUGCGGGAAGGGAGCCCAGGGCAGCACAAACUUCUGCAAGGCCCACGGCGGCGGCAAGAGAUGCACGCACCCCGACUGCUCCAAGGGCGCGGAGGGGAGCACGGCGUUCUGCAAAGCCCACGGAGGCGGCAAGCGCUGCUCGGCUGACGGCUGCACGAAGAGCGUGCACGGCGGGACCCAGUUCUGCGUCGCGCACGGAGGCGGGAAGAGGUGCGUGGUGGAAGGGUGCGGGAAGAGCGCGAGAGGCAGGACCGACCGCUGCGUCGGCCAUGGCGGGGGCAAGCGGUGCCACUCCGCCGGCUGCGGGAAGAGCGCGCAGGGGAGCACCGAUUUCUGCAAGUCCCACGGCGGUGGCAGGCGCUGCUCGUGGGGGCACCCUGGCUCAGACCUCGGGUCUGGUGGCGCUCCCUGCGACCGGCUGGCGAGAGGCAAGAAGGGGCUGUGCGACCGGCACAACCCGCUGGUCCAUGACAACAGCGUGCAUGGGGGUGCGUCGUUCGGUGGCUUCAGUGUCGUCAGUGCCGCCGCCCUUUCUGAGGGAGAUGGCUCUCCAUCUCCAGGCACCGAGACAAGCAUGCGCAGCUUCUUCAUGCACGCGGUGGAGGCUCCUCGCUGUGUGGCGGCCUCGGCCCAUGAAGGCCGGGUGCAUGGGGGCAACUUCAUGCCUAUCAUGCUCGACGGUGGCGUGGGACUCGGGAAGAGGCCGGCCGACAACGCUGAUGCUGGUGCCUCUGCCCCUCCUCGCAGCUGGAAAAGUAUGGAGAAGGCCUGUGGAUCUGCGCCGCGCAGCUGGCUGUAGUAUUUGCCAGAAGUUCGUGACCUGCUCACAGCUCACUCUCUCCAUCUGGGUCUCCUCUGCUCCUGCUCCAAGUGUCUCCCGUGUCCUCUGGUCAUGCGUGGUAUGGUAUGAUAACAUGAACUGUGUGUGUACUGGUUGGUCAGGACUCGGGACUUGUUUGGUACUGUGGAUAUUGUGGUUGUUUGUGCUCUUGUAGCAUAGGUCUGGUCGAACAUACCUACUAGUAACAGUCGUCGUGUGCGGUGUGUGAUUGAAUUGUAAAUGAAAGGAACGCCUCGUCAUGAUACAAAUAAAAAAUAGUACCUUUCCUCGCGGCGCCCGCCAAAU